UUAAAACUCUUUUAUUUAUAACCAUGAAAACAUACUAGGAAUAAUGGCACAACUUUCCGAAAAGGCUGCCAUUGGUUUGGCUAAAGUGUCAGCUUUGAAAGAUAUAGCUGUUAAAUCCAUAACUCACACUGCUUUCCAACAAAUUUUAGAUUGUUCUAGAAUUUUAAGUUACUCUGAAUAUUCUGAAUUUCAAGAUAUUGAACGAUCAGACCUGGAGCAAUGUUUUUUAGGAUUAACAUCAUUCAUAUUGGAAGUAUGUAAGAACGACCUAAGUGAAGACUUAAUUAGGUGUUACUUAAUCGAAGAUUAUAAAUGGACAGAUGAUCGGACGGUGUCAUUUCUUAAUAAAUUGAAAAACUACAAACAAAAAAUAAGAGCAAGAUUGUCAUGUAUAACUUGGCAGCAUCCCCAUAUUAUUGAUAGUUCAUGGAAAUUAAACAUAAAUGCGCAAAGUCAAAGUCUGAACGCACCGCAGGCAGAGUGUAUUGUAAAGCUUCAACUAGAGGAUUGUUCAGAAAAGGAUAACUUUUCUUUCCGUUGUGAUACCAACUCCUUACAGGAUAUGGUUUUGAAGCUAAAAGAAUGCUCAAGAAGUGUCACUAACUACGGUUCAGAAUAA